AUGACUUCGGAAGGCCAUUGUGUUUUUGUGCUGGUCUACGUGGACGAUGUCUUGGUGACUGGAAGCUCGCUCGAGAUGAUUGCGCGCACCAAGAACGACCUCAAGACACGCUUCGAGAUGACGGACAGCGGCAAGUGUGCCUUUGUUCUUGGGAUCGAGUUAUUGGACGGUGAAGAUGGCAGCGUGACUAUGUGUCAGCGCCGUUAUGUCGACGAUGUCCUCAAGCGCUUUGGAAUGGAUGAGUGCAAGGCUGUGGCAAGUCCGGUGGACGUCAGCUCUCGACUGGUUCCAAGCAACUCUGCAAGCAAGGUGGAUGUCCCAUUCCGUGAAGCAGUGGGUGCUUUGAUGCACCUGACGACUGCAACGCGACCGGACAUCGCCUAUGCUGUAAGCUUUGUGUCACGGUUCAUGGAGAAACCCCAAGAAGAACACUGGGUUGCAGUCAAGCGCAUCUUCCGCUACCUACAAGGCACCAAGAUGCAUGGAAUCUGCUACAAGCCAAGUGCGAAGAUCGACUUUCGUGGCUAUUCAGAUGCAGACUGGGCCGGUGACCUUGCUGAUCGCAAAUCGACGUCCGGCUACGUCUUCAUGCUAUUGGGUGCUCCGGUGAGUUGGGGCAGCAAGAAACAGCCAAGUGUGUCACUGUCUACAAGCGAAGCGGAGUACAUCGCGCUCAGCCUGGCGAUCCAAGAAGGCAAGUGGAUCAAUCGCUUGCUGUGCGAGAUCAUGGCGGCUGCAAACGAAGAAGGACCCGAGCUCGUCAUCCGUGAAGACAACCAGUCGUGCAUCAAGAUGACGAAGAAUCCGGUCAACCACGGCCGCGCUAAACACAUCGACAUCAAGUACCAUCACAUCCGUGAUGAAGUCAAGCGCGGCGAAGUGAAGCUUGAAUACUGCGAGACGACGUUGAUGUUGGCGGACAUCAUGACGAAGGGACUUCACGGACCGCGUCACAAGGACUUGACGGCGGCGCUUGGCAUCCGUGCGUGUUCGGAUUGA